GUUUCUGUGUUCAUAACUUACCAAAUUCUCACUUAACCAAUUUUUUGUAAAUUUUAAGUGAAUUGUCAAAUUUUCUCGGAAUGCAAAAAUAUGUUUGUUUUUUAAAUGAGUAUCGUUUGCGCCUUUAAAUCCCGAGAUUCGAACAUGCAGCUGUUUUGGAAUUUAAAGCUUUUGGAGGUUAAUUCCCAGAUUCGUGGUGACCUUUUGCUACCCGCGAUGGGCGUUCAAAAACGACGUUAUGAGCCGUAUUUUACAUAGAGCCUAAUGAAGCCGUUAGUUGAAAACGCUUAACAUGUGGGAGUUCGUGCUAACCGCUGUGAUAUCGGUACCUUUAGUGAUGUCGCUGGCGAUGUGCCUUUGUUGGAACCGAAAAAAUCCAAAAAACGAGUGGCUCGGCGUGGACGGAAUGGUGACGCAGAAGAACCCCGACGAAAACGUCAAUCAUCUGCCGUCGUCGACUUCGUUCGUCAAUUCCGGCGCCGAUAAAAGGAACACUGCCACGAACACUAGGCGCAGCCUGCCCGAUAUACCGGCCUCGAUGAGUGCUACCGUAACGUGGGCGGUGAACGGGGACAACUCUUCGGAGCAUUAUGCCACUCUCGGCCAGUAUCAGAACGCGGUAAAAAGCAACGGAGAGGUGGUCGCGAGCGCAACGCGGCCUAGCAUAUCCCAACAAAGCUCGGUGAGCCAGGCGGACCAGUUUUCUCCAUACGAGCGGGUAAAAUACGAUAAGAUCAAAUCGAAAGAGCACCCUUACGCUCAAGUGCAAUCGACGUCUCGUCACGCCAGUUACGAUGAACAUGACAUGACGGUAGAGGAAAGGGUCAAUUUGCUAAGGAUCGACGCCGCGAGUUCUUCGAAUGAACAGUCCGCUAGAUCGAGACGAUCUUCGGCACACAGCAGCGUCGGGCUGGACAUACCAGCCGCGACGGCCGUCGCCGGCGGAGUUGCGGCCAGUCCCGACUUGCCUUACAUGACCCCGCCCGUUACUCAGGCCAAUUUCAGCGGCGACUCGCAGGAGUCGUCCAAGGGCUACACUAGUAUUAGCGUCAGGGAGCCUUUGGCCAACAUUAUAGGCCAGAAAAACGACCCCAAACGGGAACUCGACGUGCACUAUUCCACCGUUUCUGACGAUUCUGACGACGUUUACACGACGAUCGCCGAUCCCAAUCAAAUAUACACGAGCGAGAGUGAAACCUACGCCAGAAUUAACCCGAUGUCGGUGGCGCACGAGGUGGAGGUCCAUCAUCAGCCCAACGACAGCUCUUCAAGUCAGGAGCUGUACGAACCGCCGCCGCAUCCGGUGCCGCCAAGUGUCGACAGUCUGAAACACGUCACCCAUUCACGACAGGCCUCGUCGUCGAGCUCGGUCGCGAAUAUAGGGUCCCCGAAACCCGAAAAACGACAGGCGAAUUCGCCCCUGCCGCCGCCUCCAUCCAUAAACGUCGAACUCCACUCAGCAUCUCACAAUUUGGACGACUUGUACGCCAAGGUACAUAAGAAUAGUAAGAAAGACGAGCACGAAGAAAAAAACAACGCUGAAGAGACGGAAGAGGCGAAAUUAUCGAGGGAGCACAAUUACGAAACGCUCAAGAAAAUCGCGAGGAACGUGAGCGACCCCGGAUACGAGAAAAUAAAAGGGGGAGCAGACUGCGAGCCCGGAUACGCGAGCAUUAACGGUCCCGAGAGCAUCGCGAGUUCGGACCCCGGGUACGAGGUUCUGAGGGACAGAAUGCCCGCUUCCGAAGCUCAUUCCAAGGUCAAAUCGGUUCUCAACGACGGUUAUUCCGUCGUCAACAAGAAGAAACCGCCUCCGACGAUGUCGGCCUACGACGGCGAAGUCAACGAGCCUAAUUACACGACCGUAGAGUCCAACGGCAGCGAUACCGAUCCGAAUUACGAGUCGGUACACCAGAACGAUCCCAAUUACGAGAGCGUCAAGGAUUUGGAAUUACCUUACGAGCAGCUGGAAAAUUCCCGCACGAGUUCGGACAUUUCGGGUUACGAGAAGAUAAAAGGCAAGAAUUCGUCGGACAGUUCGAACAGUGAGAGCAGGACUACGGAAGAGCCGCCUUACGAGCGGUUAAAUAACGAUACGGAAGUGCCUGGCUACGAAAAAGUUGGUGGUGGGGGGGCGUCGGAACUAGCGACCGAUAUACUGAAUAUUCAUGACGAAAACGCCAUUUUCCAAGUUUAGUGAAAAGGGAUCUAGACGGUGUUGAGCUUUCGUAUUUCUGAUAAUAGUAUUGUUUUUGUUAUAUGUAUCUUUUAUUUAUAUUGUAUUAGAAGAAUGUCUUUAAUAUAUUGCAACUAUAUUUAUUUGAUUAUUAACUGAGUACUUUUAUAUUGAGAUUUAAUAUAAUUUUCGAGCGCU